AUGGGACUGGCCUGGAUGGUGGCUGCGGCCGUCGCGGCGGUGCUGGCGUCGUGGGCGUUCAACGCGCUGGUGCACCUCAUCUGGCGCCCCUACGCCAUCACCCGGAGGUUCCGCGCGCAGGGCGUGCGCGGGCCGGCCUACAGGUUCUUCACCGGGAGCCUCGGCGAGAUCAAGCGGCUCCGCGGCGAGGGCGCCGCCGUCACGCUGGACGUCGACGACCACGACUUCAUCCCCAUGGUGCAGCCGCACCUCCGCAAAUGGAUCGCGCUCUACGGCCGGACGUUCGUGUACUGGACCGGCGCGAGGCCGAACGUGUGCGUGGCGGACGUGAACGUGGUCAGGCAGGUGCUCUUCGACCGCACCGGCCUCUACCCCAAGAACCUCAUGAACCCGCACAUCUCCCGCCUGCUCGGCAAGGGCCUCGUCCUCACCGACGGCGACGAGUGGAAGCGCCACCGCAAGGUCGUGCACCCGGCCUUCAACAUGGACAAGCUCAAGAUGAUGACGGUCACCAUGUCCGACUGUGCUCGCUCGAUGAUGUCCGAGUGGAAGGCACAGCUCGCGAAGGGCGGCGGCCACGUGGAGGUCGAGCUGAGCAGCCGGUUCGAGGAGCUCACCGCCGACGUGAUCUCGCACACGGCGUUCGGGAGCAGCUACAACGAGGGGAAACAGGUCUUCCUGGCGCAGAGGGAGCUCCAGUACAUCGCCUUCUCGACCAUUUUCAAUGUCCAGAUCCCAGCUCUCAAGUACCUUCCAACCGAGAAGAACCUCAGGACACGGAAGCUGGACAAGCAGGUGAGGGGCAUGCUCAUGGACAUCAUCAAGACACGCCUCGCCAGAAAGGACACCGCCGGCUACGGCAACGACCUGCUCGGGCUCAUGCUGGAGGCGUGCGCGCCGGAGCACGGCGAGACGCCGGUGCUGAGCAUGGACGAGAUAAUCGACGAGUGCAAGACCUUCUUCUUCGCCGGGCACGACACCACGUCGCACCUGCUCACCUGGGCCUCCUUCCUUCUGAGCACACACCCGGAGUGGCAGGACAGGCUCCGGGAGGAGGUGCGGCGGGAGUGCGGCGACGAGAUCCCCACCGGCGACGCGCUCAACAAGUUGAAGCUAGUCAACAUGUUCCUCCUGGAGACGCUGCGGCUCUACGGCCCGGUGUCCCUGAUCCAGAGGAAGACAGGAUCAGACCUCGACCUCGGUGGCGUCAGGGUACCCGAGGGCGCGAUCCUGACCAUUCCAAUCGCGACGAUCCACCGCGACAAGGAGGUCUGGGGCGAUGACGCCGGCGAGUUCAAGCCGGAGAGGUUCGAGAACGGGGUGACCAGGGCGGCCAAGUACCCCAAUGCGCUGCUGUCUUUCUCCAGUGGGCCAAGGUCGUGCAUCGGUCAAAACUUCGCAAUGAUCGAGGCCAAGGCUGUGGUCGCCAUGAUCCUGCAGAGGUUUGAGCUCGAGCUGUCCCCAAAAUACGUCCACGCGCCCAUGGAUGUGAUCACCCUGCGGCCCAGGCAUGGGCUCCCCAUGCUCCUCAGGCGUCUGUAG